UCGCUGCUUCCAGGAGGCCCACUGUUUAAAGUUGCUUACGUCACGUCCGUCUUUCUCUUCGACCACCGCCAUAGUGGGAAAAGGAUUGUGGAGAAAAUGUCGUCCCACAAGACAUUCAGGAUCAAGCGCUUUCUGGCCAAGAAGCAGAAACAGAACCGGCCGAUUCCUCAGUGGAUCAGAAUGAAAACUGGCAACAAGAUCAGGUACAACUCCAAGAGGAGACACUGGAGGAGGACGAAGCUCGGCCUGUAAACAUGGGCGUUUGUCCCGACCUCCAGAUGUUUGGGGGGAGUUGCGUCAUCUGGAGCAGAGUUCAUUUUGUACAGAUACUCUGGCUUUCUUCGUGUUUGACAAUAAAAAGUCAGAUUUGAAAUGCA